CCAGACCGGCUUCUUAGGCGCGAACCAGGGCACCAACCGCUUCCAGGGUCCGUCGCCAGGAUUCGGCGGCGGUCCGCUUACGGCGCAGCCGACCGGGUUCGCGGGGCGCACACCCGCGCCCUUGGCGCCCCAGAUGACUGGCUUCGUCGAUCCGCGUCUGCAGAUGAUGUCCAGCUCUUUCAUGCCUGUGAACACCUCUGCGCCCUACACCGCUGGCGGUGCGCCCCAGCUCCCGUCCGUGCCGCAGCAGCUUGGCGGCAUGUCCCUCCAACAGUCGUUCGAGCAGCACAACCAGCAGCGCGGGGUGGGUAAUGCGCCCAAGGUGCCCUGGACGCUUUCCAAGGCGGAGAAGAAGAACUACGAUCAGAUCUUUAGGGCGUGGGACGCGCAGGGUACUGGGUUCAUCAACGGUCAGACGGCGCUCGAGGUGUUUGGGCAGAGCGGGCUGGAUAGGAACGACCUUGCAAAGGUUUGGUCUCUCGCCGAUGGUGACAAUCGCGGCAAGUUGAAUUUGGCAGAGUUCCACGUGGCAAUGGGUCUGAUCUACCGCAGGCUCAAUGGAAACGAGAUGCCCAACGAACUUCCUCCCGAACUUAUCCCUCCCUCAUCACGCGACCUCGACACCUCCGUCAAUUUCCUGAAAGACAUCCUCAAGAACGACACGCGCGCUCGCUCCCCAUCUGGCGUCGACAGCCCCGUCUCGCGCCUCAAAGAACGCUCGUUCAACUCGCCUGCCGCGGGCGCGGGCGGCCGGCAGGACGCGACGGUCUACAAGCACUCGGACUCAGAGCCACCGGGCGGGUUCUACCAGCCGCGCUCGCGGCACCUGGACCGGGACGCGGUGCGGUCGCGCAACGACGACAACCCGAGUGGGGACCUCUCGGAUCUGAAGCGGCAGCUCGCGAGCACGCAGCGGAUGCUGGACGACAGCAAGGAGGCGGAGGCGUCGCGCACGGCGGAGGACGAUGGGCUCGAGCGCGAGAUGGACGAUAUGCGGUAUAGGAUUAAGCGGUUGCAGGAGGACCUCGAGUAUGUGUCGCGCGGGCCGCGGUCGACGGCGAAGGACGAGGAGAGGAGGAAGCUGGAGAGGGAGCUGUUGGCGCUGAUGCAUGAGCGGCUGCCGGAGUUGGAGAGGCGGAUUGAGGAUCGGCAGGCGCGCAAGGAGAGGGAGAAGAGGGAGUGGACAAGGGAGAGGGAUCGGAGGAAUGAUCGGUUUGGGAGGUAUGAUGAAAGGGAGGGAAGGGAGGGCGCGUAUUCGCCUGCGCGUGGGUAUAGGGAUGAGGAGAGGGAGAGACCAUAUUCGCGUGGGGGGUCGCGCUACGACGAUCGGGAGCGCGAGUAUGAUAGGGACAGGCCGUACCGCGAACGCGACGCCCCCCGGGAGGACCGCGACAUGGAGCGCGUGCGCGGUCUUGCGAACAACGCCAACACCGCGUCGCGCACCCCGCCUCCCCCGCCUCCGCCUGCAGUGCCCAGCGCGAUCAGCCAGCCACCGCCCCCGCCACCCGCACCUGCCAAGUCGCCCGCGCCCACGUCGAACAUGAAGAACAUGAGCGCUGAAGAGCGCCAAGCGUUCAUCCGCGCAGAGGCGAAGCGCCGGCUUGACGCGCGCAUGCAGGCGCUCGGCGUGGCCGCGCCGUCGUCGACUGGACUGGACGCGAGCGUGGAAGACCGGCUCGCGCAGGAGAAGAAGGAGGCGGAGGAGAAGGCGCGCGAGGCGGAGAGACAGGCGGAGGAGAGGGAGCGCGCGAGGCAGGAGAGGCUGAUGGGCGAGAGGGCGGUGAAGGAGGGUAAGGCGUCGCCUGCACCUCUGUCGCCGGCGGUUCCAGCGGCACCGGCGCCGCCCACACCUCAGACGCCGACGCCUAGGGCUGCGCCACCUGCGCCGAAAGCGCGUCCGCCACCGCCGCCGGCUCGUGGACGGGGUGGGAUGCCUAGGACACCGACGCGGCCUCCUGCCCUGCCUGUGGCUACUCCGCCUGCGCCGACUCCGCCUGUCCCACCUGCUCCUGUUGCUCAGCCGCAGCCUCGGGCACAGGAAGAAGAAUCGUCGGACUCGGAGGACGAGGUGAUCAAGGCGCGCGAGGCGGCGCUGAAGAAGAAGCGCGAGGAGCGCGCGGCGCGGCUGAGGAGGCUCGAGGAAGAGGAGGAGGAGGCGAGGCGCGCGGAGGAGGAGUUUGCGGCGAGGAGGGCGGCUGCGAGGUCGCCUGCUCCUCCGGUUGCGCCUGUGGUUGCUUCGCCGCCGCCGCCGCCCGUACCUCCGAUUCCGGCUGUGUCGUCUGUGCAGAGCACGCCCGCUACGGAGGCUCCGCCUGCGCCUGCGCCCCCGCCGCCUCCACCGCCACCUGCCCCGCCAGCGCCCGCGCCCGCGACGGACAAGGGGACGAACAACCCGUUCAGCAAGAUGCUCGCGGGCGGGGGUGCCUCUGCUGCUGCUGCUGCCGCUACCAUUACGAGCCCCCCUGCUGUACCCAACGGCGCACCGAACCCGUUCUUCCGCCCGCAAACCGCGCCUAUACCUAGCUCCUCCCCCGCAGCCGCAACCGCGACCACACCGACGCCCCCGGCACCCAAGGGCUCGUACAACACCGCCCCGAGCGCCAAGGACGACGACGACUGGGACGACGUUGUCGAGAAGGACGACGGCGAUUCGUCGGACGAGGAGCUCUCGCGCGACGUGCGGUCGAAGAUCGCGGGGCAGCUGUUUGGCGGGCUUAUGCCGUCGCGCCCGCAGAGCGCUGGGCCUGUGCCCGGUGGUGGCGGUGGUGGUAGCGGGCCUGCGAGCCCUGGGCCUAUGUCGGCGCCCCCUGGGAUGGCUCCGGCCCCGCCUGCACCACCUGCACCGGCUCCGCCCGCGCCACCGGCUGCGCCUCCUGCUCCUAGGCCUGCUGUUGCGCUAGGAGGCGGAGGUGGUGGAGGGGAUGGAGAUAGGGGUGCGCUGCUGAGUGCGAUUCAGGCUGGGAAGGGGCUGAGGAAGGUGGUCACGAACGACCGGAGCAAGGCGAGUUUGGCGGGGAGCGUUGUGGGUGAUGCGGCGCCGCCGGAGCAUAUUAAUGCUGCGCCGAGGGCGCCUAGUCCGCCUGUCGCUGCGCCGCCGCCGCCGCCGCCUGCGCCGGGGAUGGGGUACGGGUAUGCAGGGGGAGAAGAGGACGGUGCCCAUGGAGGGGCAGGGGGAAUGGGAGGAGGAGGACACAGUAAGCGCGAAUCGGUCGACUGGUACAAUGGUCUCGCGGCUGACCAUGGUCAACCCCCGGUGCCGCACGUUCCAGACACGGUCGCUGAGGAGGAGGAGUCAUCAGACGACGACGAUUAUGAGCAUGUUGGGCCCGAGAGUGUGGAGGGAGAGGCUGGGCAUGGUGGGGUUCCGCAGAUCCAGGUGCAUGAGGCUGAGCAUGUGGGUGGACAAGGGGAUGAGUUGAUGGCGGAUAUUGAUAUGGCGAAGGAAUACCGUGUGCGUUCGCUGUUCGCGUACGAGGGCCAGCGCGCGGAGGAUCUGAGCUUUGGCGAAAACAUCGUUAUGAAGGCGCACCCGUCCAAGUCGGGCGGCGACUGGUGGUAUGGUACGCUGGUGAAGGAGGGCAAGUCGGGCUUCUUCCCGCAGACGUAUGUGCAGACUGUCGAGACUGUAAAAGCAACGGCGCUCUACUCCUACGCUGGCGGCAACGCAGACGAGCUGCCGUUUGCGGAGGGCGACACGUUGACAAUCGUGGAUAAGAGUGAGACGGACUGGUGGAAGGCGGAGCAGGACGGCGUCGUGUUUAUCGUCCCCGCCGCAUACCUGGAGCUUGUCGAGGUCGGUGUUUCGUCGGUUCCUCCGCCUCCACCUCCGCCCCCUCCGUCAGCGCCAGUGCCGAAGCCUGUGUCAGAGUCGGCACCAGAGCCAGGACCGGCGCCUACGCAAAGUGGUCGACCAGAGCUGCCUAGGAUCGUGACACCACGCGGAGUUAUCAACGCGCAUGAGGGCGAAGAUCACGUAGACUCGGACGAAGAGCUACAGACCGCGCAGGAUCAUUCUGACGAUGAUGACUACUACUCGAUGUCGGAGUCGGACUCUGACGAAGACAGCAUAGAAGACACUGUCGAGGACCGUGAGGCGCGCGAGCUCGAGCGCCAGCGCGUCCUCGAAGCCGCCGGGUUCGUCGUGAGCAAGGACGUGGACAUGGCGGCUGUGCGAAAGCGACGUCCCCCUCCUGCAGCCCCUCAGCGCUCUUCUGAAUCGGCCGCGGCGGGCGUCAAUUCAGUAGUGGGGAAGGAUCUCCCUCCCAUAUCACCCCGCAGUGAUGCGGGCGGCGAUGCUGACUAUGCAGAGGCCCCUCUCUCCUCUCCCUCCUCUCCCCCAUCUCCUCCCCCUUCUUCUUCGAGUUACACUGCGACGACGCACGUCGAUGACGCGUUCGACCGGUACGAGAACUUUAGGAAGACGCACGUGGCGAGCAGCAACAACCGCAUGUCUGUCGCAUCCGUCGAUUCCAACUUCACCGCCGCGCUCUCCUCGGCCUCAGGAGGAGGUGCCCAGGGGGUGCAGUCGUCUGGCACGCCCCCUCCGCGGUCGCCGGCGACGUCGCUCGUGCCGACGAUGAGCACGAGCAGCGCUGGCGGGGGCAGUGGGGUAGGACACUACCGCGAGGGGUCGCGCGACGGCGCGGGGGAGAGCAGGACGAGCCAGUUUUUGAGCUUUUUGAGCCGGCAUGGGCGGAGCGCGACGCCGGGAGAAGAGAGGGAGAGGGAGAGGAGGACGAUAUCGGGCCCGAUUUCUGGGCCGAUUCCGAUGUCGAAUCAGGUGUCGGGGCAGAGUCUGGCGAGCGAGGAGCUGACGAGGGAGGAGAGUCCUGCGUUUGGUUCGUCGUGGGCGAGCUUGGUGGAUAAGACUGCACUGGAGGAAAUCCCGAAGCAUGAGCGGCGGAGACAAGAGGCUAUCUUCGAGUUCAUCUCCACGGAGGCAGACUAUGUUAGGGACCUGCAGCUCAUGGUGGAGCUCUUCUACUCACGCCUCAUGGACCCACUCGGUGAGAAAGGGACGGCAGUCGUCUUUGCCAACAUCGAGGAUAUUUUGCUCACAAACACGACUUUCGUCAGCUCCCUUGAGCAGCGCCAAAAAGAGUGCAGGUUGUAUAUCGAUCGUAUUGGCGACAUUUUCAAGGCUCAUAUGCCGAACAUGGGCGUCUACCUCUCAUAUUGCGUCAACCAAACAAACGGUAGCAGACUUCUCCAAUCCAUGCGCGACUCGAACCCCGAGCUCGCGGCGCAGCUUCAGCGCAUUCGCGAGGAACCCUCCGCACGCAAUCUUGAUCUGUCAAGUUAUCUUCUCGUUCCUAUGCAGCGCAUGACUCGCUAUCCUCUCCUCAUCCGACAGGUCCUCCAAUACACACAGCUGGAAGAAGACAAGGCAGACAUAUCUGCCGCCCUCCAUACCGCCGAAAGGAUCCUCAGCCAUAUCAAUGAAACCAUACGUGAGCAGGAGGGCGAGGAGCGCUUACGAGAAAUCAGUAGGAACCUCUGGAUCGGGCAGGGGCGCUUGGAUCUGACUGCGCCGACGAGGUAUAUGGGCCCUCGCAGGCUUCUGAAAGAAGGUAUACUGUCCAAGUCCAAGAGCGGUCGCAAACUUCGCGCGUUCCUGUGCAGCGAUAUCUUGGUGCUCACUGACGAUGCUGGAAAGCAACUAUAUCGCAUACCUAUUCCUCUCGGUGAAAUCCAGAUCAAAGAUGCCGGCAGACGAGAUGACAUGGCCUUCCGUGUGCUUCUCCCGUACCCUCGUGGCGGAGACACGAUUGCGCUUCGUGCGAGCUCGGUUAGAGACUGCCAGCUGUGGAUGGACACGAUUGUCCGUGCGAGCAAGAAAUGCAGGGAAGCAGAGAAACGCGCAUCUAGAAAGAUAGGACCGUCUGCGACGUACGCUUGAAGUCGGGCGUGCGCUUGAGCUUUGUGAUUGAUGACUGACGUUAUGGAAUUGCUAUGGACUUUGGAUAUGACGGGGUUUUAUGGAUGUGCAUAUAUGGGCGCACCCCCGGGCCUCUAUGAUGUUUCCUGCUAAUUAGUUUCGUCCUUGCUUUCGUAUACUUAUGGUUAUGGUUAGGCAGAAUUGACUGAUUUCGUACUUGAAGCUUUCCGCGUGGUGCGCUGCGCGAUUUAUGUAGGACGUGGAAUUAUUUGGUGGCAUGCUGUGAUUGAGUAGUGGUGGUUGGGCUUCCAGCCAUGCAGCGGGGUGCAAUCGUGGCCAAGUUACACUUCAGUUCGUGUGUGAAUCGUCUUCGCGACGUCUAUUUAC